UCCUAUGUGCUGAAGCUUUUGUUUGGUACCUAACAACGGAGGACGCAUUUGAGCAUGCGAGUCGAAAGGGAUCAUGUGGUGUGUCUUCUGAACGUACGGUGCUAAACAGAUCGAAUAUAUACAUUUGAUUUAUAGCAGAAACAGGCUUUUGGAUGUGUUUGUGCAGCUGGAUAAUGAUGGGGAGUGUAAGACGACAUCGAUCAAGUGGCAAUCGUUGGUUUGCUUUACAUUUUUUCUUGCUGCUGGUUUUCGGAAAGCAGGCUUUGGCUGAACUGAGAUACUCUAUUCCAGAGGAGAUGAAAGAGGGAACUGCUGUCGGAAAUGUCGCUAAGGAUCUUGGUCUGGAUAAAACCUCGUUGGCUGAUCGGCGGUUUCGUGUUGUGUCUGGAUCUAAGGACGCAUUUUUCGAGGUAAACCCGGAUAAUGGUGCCCUAGAGAUCCGGAAAAAAAUAGACAGAGAGGAGCUGUGUCAGGGAAGUGGCGCAUGCUUGAUAGAGCUGAAAAUCCUUGUCGAAAAUCCUUUGGAAAUACACUAUGUAGUUGUCGAAAUCACUGAUGUAAACGAUCACUCUCCCAGUUUUCCUGAAAAGAGCCAGCAAUUUCAAAUUGCAGAACAUGCAUCGCCCGGAACUCGAUUUCAGCUGCAUGCGGCCCGUGAUCCCGAUGCUGGCAUGAAUUCUAUCCGCACAUACACGUUAACGUCAAAUGAUCAUUUUGAAAUCGAUAUAAGUCAAAGUGAUGAGGAUAAAAUACCAUUUUUAGUGCUGAAGAAGUCCUUAGACAGAGAACAAAAGACUAAACACUUGCUCCUUGUUACAGCAGUUGAUGGCGGUAAACCUCAAAGAUCAGGAACACUAAAUGUUUCCAUUACUGUACUUGAUAUUAAUGAUAAUCGUCCUGUGUUCAGUCAGAAUACUUAUCAAAUAGAAAUAUAUGAAAACAUCCCAGUUGGCACAACUCUCACAAGAGUGAAUGCUGUAGAUCCAGAUGAAGGGACUAACGGUGAAAUAGAGUACAGCCUGAGCAAAGCAUUAGCACGUAAAAUUUACGACAUCUUUGAACUGGAUAGUUCAAGUGGACAAAUUAAACUGAAAGGAGCGUUGGAUUUUGAGGAGUCAGAGAUUUAUAAACUGGAUGUUGAAGCGUCGGACAAGGCAACACCUCCAUUAACGGGAAGGUGUAGAGUCAUUAUAAAGAUAAAAGAUGUCAAUGACAAUCCACCAGAAAUAGAAGUCACAUCACUGUCAAAUACAGUGUCUGAAGACUCCAAACCUGACACGAUUAUUUCUCUUAUUAGUGUAACAGAUAAAGACUCCGGUGUAAAUGGAAAAAUAAUAUCAAGCAUAAGCUCUGACGUACCUUUUGAAUUAAAACCUUCCUAUAAGGAGAACAUAUAUUCAGUUGUCACGAAGGGAUUUUUGGAUCGAGAGGAGGUGUCACAAUAUGAAAUAACAAUACAGGCCACUGAUUGUGGUGAACCUCCCUUAUCUACGUUUAAAACUCUCAACAUUCAGAUAUCAGAUGUGAAUGACAACAGUCCACAUUUUGAACAAAAUCCAUUACAGUUUUAUCUGUCAGAGAAUAACGUUGCUGGAGCGUCAAUAUUCUCUGUAAGCGCAAGUGACAAUGAUGUGAGUGACAAUGCAGUGAUUUCCUAUCAUAUAGCGAGAGGAAAUGAAGUAACAUCUUUCCUCAACAUAAAUCCAGAUAAUGGACAAAUCACCGCCCUGAAAAGUUUUGACUUUGAGACCCUGAAAACGUUCCAGUUCCAAGUCGUGGCCACAGACUCUGGAACUCCGUCACUGAGCAGCAACGUCACAGUGAACGUGUUCAUUCUGGAUCAGAACGACAACGCUCCAGUCAUCCUGUAUCCAGUCAGCUCCAACGGCUCUGCUGAAGGUGUGGAGGAGAUUCCCCGCAAUGUGAACGCAGGACACUUGGUGACUAAAGUCAGAGCCUAUGACGCUGAUAUAGGAUAUAACGGCUGGUUACUCUUUUCACUGCAGGAAGUCACUGACCACAGUCUCUUUGCUUUGGACCGCUAUACAGGACAGAUCAGAACACUUCGCUCAUUCACAGAGACAGACGAGGCUGAGCACAAACUGCUCAUACUGGUCAAAGACAAUGGGAACGUUUCCCUCUCAGCAACAGCUACUGUGAUUGUCAAAGUGGUGGAGCCCAAAGAGGCUUUUGCAGCCUCUGAUGUCAAAAGUGCAGCAAAAGAUGAUGAGGGGAAUGAUGUGACUUUUUAUCUCAUCAUAACUUUGGGCUCAGUUUCAGUCCUUUUCCUCAUCAGUAUCAUCGUGCUGAUUGCAAUGCAGUGCUCCAAAUCCACAGACUAUACUUCUAAAUAUCUACAAGAGACUAAUUAUGACGGGACACUGUGUCACAGCAUCCAGUACAGAUCUGGAGACAAACGCUACAUGUUAGUUGGACCCAGAAUGAGUAUAGGAUCUACUAUAGUCCCUGGCAGCCACGCCAACACACUGGUGCUCCCUGACAGGAGGAGGACAUCUGAGGAGGUAAGCUGGUUUCAUGGUUCGCGCUUUAGCUGUUAA